UGACCAGAGACUGCGGACAUAGUACAGGGAUGACCAGAGACUGCGGACAUAGUACAGGGAUGACCAGAGACUGCGGACACAGUACAGGGAUGACCAGAGACUGCGGACAGCACAGACCAGUGCGCAACUCCGCGGAAGUAAGAGCGGGUACCUGUCAAAUUCAGGUACCCGCUCCCCACCUCCCCAAAGGUCAGCAGUCAUCUCCAUAAGGUCCCGCUGCAGAGCUGAGUGGCCGGCCCGGUAUUCUGACACGGCGGCGCUGGAAAUACCGGACCGGCCGCUCCAUAUUCGCUCCAUAAGACGCACUGACAUUUU